GGCGCAGAAGCCGUGGAAGACGUCCGACUGCAGGCUCGUCCUCGAGGACGGCUCGGUGUGGAACGGCCAGUCCUUCGGCGCGAAGGGCACCGCGCUCGGCGAGGUCGUCUUCAACACGUCCAUGUCAGGGUACCAAGAGAUCCUCACCGACCCGUCCUACGCCGGGCAGUUCGUGCUGUUCACGUGCCCGGAGAUUGGUAACGUCGGGAUCAACGUCGAGGACAUGGAGUCGACGAAGGCGCACAUGGGCGGCAUGCUCGUGCGGCACCUGUCGCUCAACGUCAGCAACUACCGGUCGAGCCAGUCGUUGCCCGAGUACCUGGAGCAACAAAACGUGAUCGGCAUCUCGGACGUCGACACGCGCGCGAUCACGCGGCGUCUUCGCGACACCGGGUGCCUCAACGGCGUCAUCACGACGGAGAGCGAUAAGACGGACGAGGAGCUCGUCGCGAUGGCGAGGGAUUGGACCAUCGUCGGCAAGGACAUGAUCUCGACGGUUUCGUGCUCGGAGCCGUACGAGUGGACGGAUCCCACGGGCGAGGAGUGGGAGUGGGCCGCCGCCGCGAAAGCGUCGAAGAAAGGGUCGCUGCACGUCGUCGCGUACGAUUUCGGCGUGAAGCACAACAUCAUGCGUCGUCUCGCCGCGUUCGGGUGCAGGAUAACCGUCGUCCCGGCGACGAUGCCCGCGGCCGAAGUCUUGGCGUUGAAGCCGGACGGGGUUUUAUUUUCAAACGGGCCGGGCGACCCGAGCGCGGUCCCGUACGCCGUGGACAACGCGAAGGAGAUCCUCGGGAAGCUCCCGGUGUUCGGGAUCUGCAUGGGUCACCAGGUCUUAGGGCAGGCGUUCGGCGGCGAGACGUUCAAGCUCAAGUUUGGCCACCACGGCGGGAACCACCCCGUGCGCGGCCCCACUGGCGCGGUCGAGAUCUCGUCGCAGAACCACAACUUCGCGGUCGACCCUAAGACGCUCCCCGCCGACGUCGAGGUGACUCACGUGAACCUCAACGACGGCACGUGCGCGGGGAUGAUCUACCCGGCGCUGAAGGCGAUGACGAUCCAGUACCACCCUGAGGCGUCCCCGGGGCCGCACGACAGCGACGGGAGCUUCGAGACGUUCGUCGAGAUGAUGAAGGCGGGGAAGUGAUGCGAUGCGAUGCGAUGGAUGGAUGGAUGGACGCGCGGGACGCGAACGACGAGGGACGGGACCUGUACUCUCGGCUGUGUUUUUAUAAGAUAUUCGACGGGAGAUGAGAUUUUUAUAUU